GAUGGCUCGGACGAUGGUCAGACAUCAUCUCAUCUCGACAUUUGGUCAUCCCCCUGAUCGCUCCCUACUGUACCCGAAGAGUGGAGUAACGGUUAAUAAUCGACUAAGAUGUUCAUAUCUCAGGUUGCUGUUGUUGUGGUAGCUCUUAUGGGCUACGUGUCUGCUGCCGGAUAUGGUGGUGGCGCAGGAGGUUUUGGAGGAGGUAACUUCGGUGGUGGAGGACGAGGCGGUGGUGGAGGAUAUGGUGGUGGAGCUGGUGGAGGAUAUGGAGGAGGAGCAGGAGGAGGAGGUGGAGGAUAUGGCGGAGGACAAGGUGGAAACUACCCCCCACAACCCUACAAUUUCGACUACCAAGCCCGAGACGAACAAGGCAAUGUUCACUACCGCAACGAACAAGGGGAUGCCAGUGGGGCCGUUCGAGGCUCAUACGGGUACACCGACAACCAAGGCCUCUACCGAGUUGUCGAAUAUGUUGCCGAUGCUGGAGGAUUCAGGGCCAACAUCCGAACCAACGAGCCAGGAACUGAUGGCAAAGAGAGUCCCGCUGACGUUCAGCUGACAGCCGAACAGCCACCUGCUGGAAUUCAAGACAAGUACACACGAGUAGGAGGUGGUGGUGGAGGAUACUCUGGUGGAUCAGGAAGCUAUGGUGGUGGAGCUGGUGGUUUUGGAGGCGCUGGAGCUGGAGGUUUUGGAGGAUCGAGAGGCGCUCAUGGAGGUGGAUUUGGAGGAAGCUCAUUCAGAGGUGGCGCUGGCGGUCGAAGCGGCAAAAGCGGAUAUUAGUAUUUAUUAGGAACAACUACUUCUUAGCUAUACAUUUAUAUCCUGGCGGAAUGGUUGCCAUAUAUUACACGCAUUUCAAGUGAUCUUUGUGAAAACUCACACUCUGUUGUAAAUAGUUCAAGUUAAGGUUUUGUAAUGGAGGAACUUGUACUGGUUUUAGCCAAAAUAGGAACUCUGUUUCGAGUUUUGUUAAAGGAUUUGCUUGUGUGAAAGCUUUUCAAGGAACAUUUGGUCUGGGUAUUUCGACCUUGAAGGGUUGUGAUAGGUCUUACUCACUUCUACAGAAGUGGGCAGACUGCUAUCGUAUUCUAAAGCAUUUGUGAUUUUAAAUGUGGUGCUCAAGCCCAUAUAAACGUGCUAGAUGUUGAGGAAAUUGUGAUUGUCAGAGCAUUUAAAAAUUAAUUUAAAAAAGUUCUCUCGAGGACUUUAUAUUACGCUGAAAUAAAUUCAACUAAUUUUCUGAUAAUCAGCAUUUCCCUGAUAUCUAUACAACGUGUUUUGUACAUAAUAUUUUGGAUAUUACUAACAAUUUAAUAAUGAAUUGAUUACUAAUAUCUAAACAAUUACGUACUAUUGCUGUAAUCAGUAUGGGCAUUACGUGUUGGUGGAGAAACUAAUGCAUCUAUGCUUGCAUUUAAAAAGCCAUUCAGUAUUUUGUACAGAACUGGGUGGUUUGCAUUGUUUUCAUUUACUUCUUAAAAGGUUUUGUUAGUGUUUGAUGGAGGGUAAUAUUUCUAUGGUAUUGCAUCUGUGUUGUUGUAUAUUUGUAUGUUUGGUUUCAUAUCAAAUAAAAGCAUGCUAAAAAGA